AUGACCGAACGCCGUAGAUUACAGCUGGAGCGAAUUCGUGCUAUGGCGGCCGAACUAAGACCAACUCGUCCUCGCGGCUCCAAAUCUGGACCAACUCGUUCAGCCAGCGGCCGAGGAAGUCGUGGAGGUCAAUCAUCUGGUGUCGCUCGAGGUCAGGGUCGAGGUGGCCGUGGAAGUCGAGGGAGUGGUCGGUUGUCUAACGCAGGCAAGUCUGCCAAUCGGACACCCAGACGACAUCUGUCCGACACAGAGGACAUGGACACUUGCGGCCUGGACGAGGCAUCAACUGCGCUUCCAGUCGCUGAUGAUUGGGAUGAUGUCGACAUAGCCCGCACACCCAGUCCCACAUGGGAUAUAGACACUGAGGAAAACAGCAACAUGGCCAUCGACCCGGAUGCCUCCAACGUCUCGAAGAUUGGCGCGGUUCGACCGGAUACAGAGCUAUACAUGGAUCCUGGUGAUGAGAGUGAAGGUGAACGAGAUCAGUUAGCUGUGUUGGAUACAUUGCUCACUCUUUACGAUCCAGAAGCAUCCAGAGAUAUCGGUUGUGCUGGUUUGAGCACUCCCCUGGAACAAUUCUACCAGAUUCACGUUAAUACGGAGCUCCCCCGGUAG